AUUUUAAAAGAUGGGCGACACGAAAGACGGUCCUUGGAAAGACCCUUCGUGCAAUCGGCCCCUGGGGAGCGUUUCAUGAAAGGACUUGUCGGACGUUUUAUCCGACAAGUCCCAUUUUAUCCGACAGUUACCAUAGUAACAGUACCUCUCAGCCAAUCAACAUCAGAGAAAGAUGUCAGAUCUGACAACUUGUCGGAUGAAAAUGUUGAUGAAACACUCCCCAGAUCCCCAUCCUCGGCCUCCGAUCCGAGAGAUAUAAUAUAUAUGUAGUGACUGGUAUUCAGACUAGCCUUUUGAUUCUCGAGACUUGCUCGCUGUAUGCCUGGACCUGUGAAAGAGAAGAUUUGUAGAAAACUCAUCAAGAAAUUAUGGAUCUAACUGAGGGGUCAACUUCUCAAUCUCUGAUGUCAGCAUCAUCAGGGACUGGAGGCCUCUUUAAUAUUACUGGAUUUGAAGAAGAUGUUUCUAAAGAUGACUCACAACUGUCAGUAGAGGGCAGCUUUAAUGAAUCUAAUACACCUGAUGUGAGUGCUUCACUGGACCAAUCUCUGAGUAACCCACAAAUAAUUACAGAUAUAUCUCAAGUUGAGAUAUUGCAGCAGGAUACGCCAUCACAAGAAGCAGUCGAAAUCAAUAAAGAUUCUGAGGCAGCUGCUAAAGGAAAAGGUGGCUGGCCUAAAGGCAAGAAGCGUAAAGUGAAGCCUCUUAGAGAUCACAAUGCUCCAAGAGCACCUCAUACUGGGUAUGUUAGAUUCUUGAAGGAGGGUCAAGAGAAGAUACGAGCUGAGAACCCUACUAUGAGCUUUGCUGAAAUCACUAAACUCUUGGCUGGACAAUGGUCCAAGAUGUCUGCUGCAGAGAAACAGCGAUACCUAGAUGAAGCAGAUAGAGAUAAAGAGAGGUACGCUAAAGAGCUUCAGCAGUACCAACAGACUGAAGCUUUUAAAGCUUUCUCUAGGAAACAAGAAGAACGAAAGCUUAGGAAUGAACUGAUUGAGGCAGAAGAAGCUCAAACUAAUGGUUCUGCUAUGGAGUUUGUUGAUGAAAACAGAGAAGAAAUCCCAGGAUUUGAUAUUCCUAUCUUCACUGAAGAAUUCCUCAACUAUAAUAAAGCAAGAGAGAAUGAGCUAAGACAGCUUAGAAAGUCUACAACGGAGUAUGAGGAACAGAAUGCUAUCUUGCAGAAGCACAUUGAUAAGAUGAAGGAAGCUAUUGAUAAGCUAGAAACAGAGACAGUACAACAACGUAAUACUAACAUGGCACUACAAAGUCACCUUCAGCAACUCCGAGCCACACUCACAGCUAGUUUUGCUGGGGUUCCAUUGCCAGGUUCUAAUGAAGUUCCUUCAUUAACUACAGUUGAUUCCUACAUGACCAAACUUCAUCAACUAAUUAUGGAUUCACCACAGAAUGAAAACCUAAUCUCAAAUGUCAGAGAGAUAGUCAAUAGAUUGGAUCUUCAUGGGGAUGUGGAUCCAAAGUUAUGACCAUCACAGGCCAGCCCCUUUCGUACUCUGUAACCAGUAGCAGCUUUAUAUCAUUCAAAAUGAUCAGCCUUGUUGCAGGAAAUACAGAAGGCAUCAAGCAUCUUUGAUGACCCACCUUAUGUACUUAUUGAUAAUGGAAUUCAGUUUAUCCCUACAGGCCUUGUACAUGGACCACCCACCUAGUUCUGGUGGACAAUUGAUUAAAUCAUCAAAAUAUGUGAUCUUCUUCACUGUUGAAACAUGGAAUAACACUGAACAUCAUUUAUAUAUGAAUGGAAGGAAACCCUCUUAGUACAAAUGUUUGGAUUCAUACAAUGGAUCAUAAGAUGUCAUCACCCCCAAACUAAAAUUUCAUUUUGCUGCAUGUCUACAAACUGUUAAUAUUGAAAAUAUUUCUAAAUGCGUGUCACCUUUCCUAAAGAAUCAUUAGGAUAAAGGUAUGUAUUCUGGAUAAUGUACAUGUUACCAAUGGAGGAUGAGAAUUUCUUUGCUGCUUUGUACUGCUCUCAUCGAUAUAUUGCCCAUGGAUCUUUUGCUUCACUACUAAACUUUUACAUAGUUUACCUGUCUAGCUUGGAUACAAAGAAAGUGGAUUAUCAACUAACCUCAUUUUGUGUAACAAAUGCAUACUGCAUGUAGCCUGUAAAGCAGAGGGCAGGGUGUUUUACAUAGAGUUAAAUUAGACUUGAAGCCAACGUUACUGGGGCAGGGUGCAUACUUAAGCCCACUGACAACUACCGUUUAGUGUGUACCUAUUGAGCAUUAUAUGACAAAUUGGAUAAUCUUUCACAUAUGCAUCUACUUUUGUGCUUCUGUAAAUCCAUUUUCACACUUUGGAAUCAACCCAAAAAUGUUUUAUUGGCAUUUAUUCAUGUACUGUGUAUCCAGGUUAAUUUCAGAGAAGAUGAGAUACGUGAUUAAUAAUGUCACAUGACUUGAGAAGCUCAUGGAAUCAACACUUUGUACUCAAUUUGUUCACAUAUUUACACUUUCAUGUUAAAUGCACGUAUUAUAAUAAUCAACAAUAACCAAAAUGGUAAUUGCCAUUUAAAGUGGACUAUAAAAAAAUACAGCUUGAUGCAGCAAGUGAUUAUUAUUCAUGUGUAAGUAUAUUUCUGCUGUAUAUUCUGCAAAUUGUAUAUAUGUUGUUGUAUAUACUUAAAAGUUUGGUGCCACUUUAUGCCACUAAAUCUAUUCUUUAAAAGCCAAGUCCACCCCCAAUAGCAAAACGAAAUCAAACAAGUGUAAUAUUGACAAUAUAAUCAAAUUCAGAUGUAGAAUUAGGAAGUUAUGAAAUUUUAAAGUUUUGCUAAAUUUUACAAAUUAUGAAAUAUUACAUGUAAUAUUAGAUAUUUCAAUUUUAAAGCUCAGGUAAAGCUCUUCACCGAUUCAUUUUUCAACACGUAUCAUUGGAGGAAAAAUAAAAAUGAUUUAUAUUUCAAAUGAUAAAAUAUUAAAAAUUUAGUGAUAUCAUUGGCUCCCUCAUUCCAUAAUGACAAUGUGUAUAUAACUAUUGUGUAAACAUACACAAAAUUGAAAAUGUCAUGACUCUUAUUAUAGAUUCAAUUUUGAUGAAAUCUUCUGUGUUAUGCUUCUUCAGUUUUCCUAUAGUCUACUUAUUCAAAUCAAACUAUGGUUGGGGUAGACUUGACUUUAAGCCAGGUAUACAAUAGAAACCUUCAGCACCAUUGAGCAGCUUUAUCUGUAUCUUGUAUUGCCUAGCCUUUCCUCCUCUUUCACUCACUGAAAUGUUCCCAUAAAGUCUGAUUAAACAUAUCAUUAAUUCGGUUCACAAAUUUGUAGACAUGUGUUCAGUAGUAUCCCAUUUACAAGCCCUGGUCAAUAUUCACUUAGCUAUCUCAUUUUAUAGGAAACAGCAAACAUAUAUGCAUUGAAAAUUGUAUUGAUAUGGAUUGGUAAAAACAAGCAAAGCACUGAAUGGAAAUUCCUUUGAAAUGAGAUGAGAGAAAUACUAGGAUUUGCAUUAUUUGAAUGAUAUGUAUGUAGUUGUAUGAUUAUGCAAUGGAGAACUUGAAUUAAUCCAAUGCCACCAAUACUAUGACUGUUAAUGCUAUUUGGAUUGGCUUCAAUGCCCCUCCCAUUAACCUUGAAAAAUUAUUGUGCUGUAAUGUAAAAAUAUGCCCUAUAGAUAAGUGGCCUUGCCUUUAAUAUCAAAUUUAAGACCUGGCAAUGAGUGAGCUGAUACUGUUUAAUGCCAGUGCAUAUUAAGUCAACUAUCCACAAUUUGAAUAAUCAUCUAACUGAGAGCAUUAUUUCAGACCAGAAUAUACAAAAUAUGUUUUAAUAACAUCUCCCAAGUCAGUUGAUUUCAGGAUUAUAUUAACUCAGGAUCUUUACUCAUGGUAUGUAUGCACAUGUACAUAGGUUUAUGAGUAAUGCUAUCCAAUCACACUGGUAUCAUAUAUGAAUUGUGUAUUAUUAUUGAUAUCUAGAAAUAAACAUUUUACUCUUGUAACAAACUGAAGAUUUGAUUUGAGCACUGCCAAGUUCACUUGAUAGUUUAUGUAAGAAGUGGUGACUGAAAUGUAUUUUGAAUUCAUGUUAGUUAGUUGACACAUGACAAUCUAUGAUCAAAUUGGGGAAAUUUUUUUUUAUAUACAAUACAAUCUUGUUUUCAUGUUUUCUAAAAUCCUUCAAUAAAGUUUGUGUAUUUUUUUUACUUGUACUUUCAUGUUGAAAAUAAGCCAGCAUGAACAAUAAAGACUGAGUAUGUAUACAUUUUCUAUGUACAAGUUUACAUGUGUUCAAUUAUGAACUGAUACUGAAAUUCAUUUGAUCCAUCAAAAUUGUUUGAGUCUAAGGCCCAAGAUACACGUGCAUCAGGUUUCAAGCCUCUCCCAAUGUUAGCUUUGAAGCUGCCUUCACAUCUGCAACAUUGGUGGUGAUAACACAUACGUUGAAAGUGGACUGACACAUAGCCAGCCUCACGUUGCCUAUUCACAUGACACCUGACUUUUAACUUUGAAAGGUUUGCAUUGCCAAGAAGAAGAGUGUAUUGGGUGUCACGGUACACCAUGUGAUCUUUUGUGGGCAUAUAUAAGUCCUGAAAAAGACCACCCAAACUCGACGUAUUCAUUCUCCCGAAGACAAGAACACACUUGUCAAAACGUCGAGUUUGGGUAGUCAGGACCAACAUAAGCCUAUGAUGGUGAAACCCACUACACUCUUCAUGUCAACAUUUUCUAAUGUUCACUAGCAAUAACUAUUGUUUGUUAUUUCUCGUUCAGUGGUCAAGCCAGCCCAAGUCCACUUGGGGGUGAUACAAAUACCAAUUACUGGACUGACGCAGCCCUCAAACCAGAUGGUCUCAGUCCUGCUUUCAAAAUAAAGAGGUGAUGCACAGAAGUAGAGCUGCCUCCGAUUCCGACAUAAGUCCACUUUCGGCAUAUGUGUAUCACCACCCAAAGACUGUAAACAAGUGUUUUAGGCAUUACUUGUAUUGCAAUGUCUAGCAAUCAGCAGCCUAUUAAGAAAAGCUUUAAAGGGGAAUCUAUAAUUUAUAAGGAAAAGAAAAAUCAGACAAGUUGAUAGGUGAAAGUUUGAACAAUAAGAAAGUUAUGAAUUUUUAAAAGUUAUAAAUAUUGGUAAUCACUAUACCCAUGGAGACUUCAAAUUGGCCGCAUAUGGGAAGUCAUAGUGAUGUAAGACAAGGACUACUCUUCCAUGUACUCCAAUACAUAUUAUGGCUAAAAUGUCAUUUUCCCCAAAAGUUUUAUUUCAAAUUAUAUUUUUCUUUCAUGAGGACAUAAAACAAUAUACUACCUGGGUUAUAUUUAGAUUACUGCCCCAGGGGAGUGGGUACUUAGGAGAAAACCACAAAUCCCUGAUAAUAAAGUACAUGCCCCUUGUCAUAAUUUACUCACUCAGUUGCCAAUUUGAAAUCUACAUAGUAUUAGUGAUCUCUAUUUUAAAGCAGCUAUAACUUUCUUAUUGCUUGUCCGAUUUCUUUCAAACUUUCACCAUUCUGUUUAAUUUAUUUUUCUCCUUCCCAACACAACAUUUUAUAGCCAAGGCUGGAUUCCCCUUUAAAAUAACUUCAUUGAAAACAAGUAAAAUGAGUGUACAAAUCAUUCAAUAAAGAGAAAACUUUGAUGCAAUAUAUUGAUAAUCCUGUUUCCAAUUUCAAAUGUGAACUAUAAUUGCAUUCAUGUUGAGAUGGUUUGGUAAUAAAUGCUCAUUUUAUUGCAAACAUAAAUGUAGCAUUUUGGUAUCUAAGUAAGUGUAUUGUACAACUGGAGUUUUUACAGUAAAAAAGAUUUUCUUUCCUUGUGCAUAAAACUUUCCAACUACUUUUCAGAAUAUAAAUGUACAUUUAGUUCUCUAUAAUUUUCAGAUGGGUUUUGAACUGUUAUCAUAUAAAUCCACUUUCAUUCCAUGCAUUAUUUAAGUAAAUUAAAUGGGGAAGAUUUAACUUUUUUUAUGUGUUAGUGAAUGGCAACUCCAUGCACCAGAGGGACAUCUUGUAUUUUGCCGACAUACUGUUGAUGCAUACAUGUACCUCUACUUUGAGUCUCUUCACACAUUACUAUAUUACCCACCUAUUUUUAUUGUUGCCUGUUGAAUCAAAGAUCCAUGUUGAUGUACGAUACUUAAAUGUAUUAUUUGUUUAGUUGCUUGUCAUGUAAAGUACCAUUGCUUUAGUUUUUAGCAAGCUUAUAUAUUAUUUCAUGUUGUACAAAUGUUCAGUAUUAAAAUGCCAAAGUGCAGUAUGACUGCUUUGAA